AUGUCCAAGCGAUUUCCUGCCACGUUGUGCCUGGCAUUGAUUUUGAGCUUAACGACCACCACCUUAGCUCAGACAGCAGCAAGAGCCAAUACAUGUUGUGGACUCAUGUCUGGAAAAAUAUAUUGCUAUGGUGGUCUUAUCUUUACAAGCACAACAGAGAAUAAAGUAGAUAAUGUCAUGAACGUUUUAGACAUCACCAAUAAAAGUGGAAUUGCCUCUGACGACUUGCAAAACCUGUGGCGAAGUGUCAGCUACAUUGCAGACAACGUCGAUUUGACACCUAGAACAGAUCCUCAAUGUAUUGUCAUCAGCGAUCAAAAUCGCAUGAUCGUCAAUGGCGGUUAUGUCACUGCGCCAAAGGCAUUGGCAAAUAUGAAUGUCAUGUACAAUGCGCUCGAAAACAAAUGGUACAUUCAAUCUGCUUACGCUGAAGACCCUUAUGGAAAUAGACAAAUAUAUUGGGGCUCGGGUAGCUAUGUGCCUGGUAAAGGUGCUGCGUUCUAUGGUGGAUUUGAAGAAUUUAUCAACCCCAAUUGGACAACGCCCAACACAAACACUUCCAUCUUCACCUUUGCAGACGGCUUCUCAAGAACCAUUGGUUACACUCAAGUCUCCUACUUUAACGUAGAUAAUCCUGCAUCUGCCUGGAAUACCCCUGUACCUUUGACAACCGCUUCAGAUCAGUUCUCUGCUCGACAUCAAUCCGUAUUUGAUCCCGUUACCAACAUGCUUCUCUUCAUGGGAGGCGAAUACAGAACGACUACAUCACAAAACUCUAUUCCUCGCCCCUAUUCAUACAUCAAGGCAUUCAACACUCUUACCAAUGAAUGGAGCAUGAUGAAUCUCACUGGCGAUAUACCCACACAAAGCAGAAUCUAUUCUACAUUGACAUUAUUGCCUUCCACCAAUCGACAUGUCUUAUUGUAUGGCGGUGAAGCCGACGACACAGUCGUACAGGACUACUGCAAUGUCUUGAAUUUAGAUACUAAGAAUUGGACUAGACAGACCAUCGAUGCACCUGCUGGAACAACCUUGCAAAGAUCAAGACAUUCAUCUGUGCUCGUCAAUAACAACACCUUAUUCGUCAUGUGGGGUAUUGAUCCCAACAAAGUAGGCACUAGUUCAGUGCUUAUUCUCAACACCACCAACCCUGACGCCAUCACCAUGUCCAACAAGUAUGUUGAUCCUAAUGCUGCUAAUGCGGCUGAAGCCUCCAAUGGCAAUACAAUCCAGCCUGGUGCUGGCACUACAAGCGCUAGUGUUGCCACUUUUGGCCUCAGCAGUGGUGCUAAAGCUGGUGUUGCUGUUGCAGCUGUCGUUGUGGUAAUUUUGGGCGCCAUUGUCAUUUGGUUCUAUCUUCGCAACAAGAAAAAGAACGAAAGAAUCAGAAAACAAGAACACGAGCUAACAAAGCAACAACAACAAGCCGAGUACUACAAUACUACUAACGUGGAGCCCAUGGAAGUCGAUUGGGAUCAAAUUGAAACGAAAUAUACAGAAAUGCCUACAAUCAAACUCGCAAACAACAAUGAGCGAUUUGGUACAGGCCCAGACAGCGUUACAUCCACAACCAUCAUCAAUGGGGGUGAGCCCAACUCAACAGCUUACGCAGUACAUCCCGAUGCUGUUGAAGUGCAUCGUCCCAAUACAGUGGAUUUGCCACCUCAACUACCAAGAGUACUGAAGCCUGAUGGUGGAUACUAG